CAUACCGGAAAUGUAUAAAAAAAUAACAAAGCAAAACAACAACAACAACCCCAUGUGAUCGCUAUAGUGUGCACCUGCCAGCUUGGAAGACCAUCCAUGCUGCUUCUUGAGGCAAUAGUGGUCCCAUGGAAAGUAUCCGUCUGUAGCUGGAGUCCAGUAUGAUUGCUAUCAGUGUUUUCGGCAGUUGUCAGUGAGGGAGGGAGACUGAUUUGCAAGCUUACGUUAGUUAGCUUGUGAGCUUGUUAGCUUUGUGUCUGCCAAGCAAGGAAGUGUCUGGGAAUCCCCCCCUGUCCCUUACUUUCGAUUUAGAAAUCUAGCCAUCUUCCUAACUCUGUAAUGGCUGAACACAAUAUUCAAUCCAAGUUAGUAACUCAGUUGAAAAAUGAUAAAAUUCAACUCUGGAACCCACCUUACACAACUGACAAUGGGGUCGGACAAGACCAAAUGCAUGAGCUUGCUGAAAAAUACGCGGCUCUGGUCGGCCUCCCUUUGCUAGAUGUGGAAGUAGCUUUGGAAAACAUAAGAUCUCAAGCUGUCCACAAAGGAUCUGGCAAUAAGUUGUUCAGGGAGAAAUGUGUCGCUACAUUGGAACUCGUCCUCCCCAAAGCUAUGAGAAAGGAUGAAAAGAAGAAUUAUAUGGAAACAAGAUUGGAUGUCACUGCUCAAGACAUAAUACAAAGAAUAACAGAGGACUUUGGUAUGAAGUACAUGAAACUCAUUUUGAAUGGGAAGACCUUGAUACCUGGCAAGAGGCUGGAUGAACAGAACGUGAAGAACAACAGUAAGCUGAUGGUGCUGAAGGUCAGUGAGCCAGACACCAAGAGAGUCAUGGUAGAGGAGGAGGAGAAGAAACGCUCCCAGGAGGAGUGCAUGCAGCGGACACAGAAGGGCUUCCAGAUCCUCUCAGAGAGAGAUGGGAGUGAGGACCCUACGACCACCCCAUUUUUGGAGAUUGCUGAUCAGAAAGGAAACCCACUUGUAAUUCCUCCUAGUGAGAAAAAGGCUCUGAUCCUCGCCAUGGGCAUUCAUGAGAGGGGCCGAACACUGAUGAAGCGCAGGCAGCAUGAGGCUGCACUCUGCUACCUGCUACAGGCUGACACAGAGUUCAGUAAGUGUGGCUCGACGCUGCUGAGCACGGUGGACAACUAUGCAGUGCUGCAGCUGGACAUCUUGUGGUGCUACCGUGCGCUAGAGGCCCUCACCUGCCUGGAGGACAGCAAGCUUAGGCUGCAGCGUGCAGAGGACUGCUUCCUCAAGUGCUACGGUGAGCGGCACCAGAGACUGCUGCAGAUCAAGGGUAGCUCAGGAGGCGAAGAAGUGCUGUUCCUGAGGUUGCAUCUUCUACAGAGUCUGCUGGCUUAUGUGGAAGGCAACGACAGGCUAGCUAGAGAGAGGCUAAGCAAGGUAGAGGAGCAGUAUGGGCGCCUGCGUCUGGACACAGGUAAGCUGGACCUGCUAAUGAGCAUGGGCUUCACUGACCAGGAGGCCCGUCUGGGCCUGAGGGCCUGUCAUGGAGAUCUGGACACAGCGGCUGCUCACAUCAGCCAGAGGAGACGGGAUAAGGAGGAGUUGAGAAAGAGGGAGCGAGACAAGAGGAAGAGCCGACAGGCGGCCAUCAACACCCUGGGGGAGCUGGGCUUUGCCAAGAGGGACGCGUCUCGAGCACUACACCAGGCCAGCGGGGACGUGGACAAAGCUUACGGGAUCCUCCUUGAUGCGUCCCAAGUGAUGGAUACGGCCAGCAGCUCCACAGCGAGUCCCUCUGAGCCUGACAAGCAGACCAAGGUGGAUCAGCUGGCGUACCUGGGCUUUGAUCAGGAGGUAGUGGAGGCGGCGCUGAGGCUGACGGACUGGGAAGUGACCUACGCAACACAGCUGCUGCUGGACAACCAGGGCAUCCUGCCCCCCGAGCUGCUCUCACCCUCCACAUCCUCCCCCUCGGAGGAGCCCAGCACAUCCUCCCCCUCGGAGGAGCCCAGCACAUCCUCAGAGUCCACAGGCACAGCAAGUCUGGACGCUGACCUGGUGAAUGAGGUUCUGGAAGACAUUCCUCAGCACGAGGAAGACUACCUGGACAUGACGCUGGACGAGGAGAGUGAGGUCAUCGCCCAACUGAGGUCAUUCCUGGAGAGGAGCAACACCACGUCUGGCUAAAGGGGGGGUCAUCCAUUUUCAAAAGCACUUUCUGGCAUAUCUAAAUAUUUAUGGGCUAAGCACAGUAGGAGACUUAGGCCUUAAAUACUCAAAAGGUUCCUCGAAGGAAUUGGGAUUUGAUUACUUAUAUGGUACAGAUUCAGGGCUUUAAGAGUAGGGAUUUGUUUUGCUGAUAUUUUUUUGCCAUAAUUUAAGAAAACAAAUCAAUGCAGUAUUAAUGAAACUGCCAUAUAUGAAGACUUGUCUUGAAGUCUUGAACGUUUACUUUUAAGCCAUGAAACUGGCAAUAAGUAGAUUUCAAGUUACAGUUUAUAUAUGUUGCAUCUUUCAAAGAUUAUUAUUCAUUUGAAUUUAAAAGACUUUGGCAUUUGAUUUGGUAAAAGAAGUCAUGUUGUUUUGCAGACAUUUUUGUUCGUGCGGAUUGGUAAUUGUUGUCAGUUCAUUUAAUUCAUGAUGCCAGAAUUUCAGGUUUUAGUGGUUCAUGUAGUAAUUGUGUUCAUAUUACAUGCAAUAAACCCCUGCUUUGGUUCAUUUUAAA